UAGGAUGACAGUGAUGGUAUCCCAUGGUCAGAAGAAAGGGUGGUGCGCAAGGUGCUAUACCUGUCUCUCAAAGAGUUCAAGACAGCGCAGAAGAGACAGAGCGAUGACUGUAUUAAUGGGAGUUUUAAAACUCCAAAAGGUCUUCUUCUUAAUGGACAGUCUAAAGGAUCAGGACAGUCUUCAGAAACUGAGAAGGAUGAUACAUCUCAAGGGUCUUCACAAACCAAUAGUGUAACAUCAUCAGAUUCGGAAGAUGGGCCAGUAAGGAAAAGGCCAAGGCUGCAAGCACAAAGAAAAUUUGCCCAAUCCCAGCCAAACAGUCCGAGCACAACCCCCAUUAAAAUUGUGGAGCCAUUGCUACCCCCACCAGUUACUCAGAUGUCCGACCUCUCCAAACGCAAGCCCAAGACUGAGGAUUUCCUCACAUUUCUGUGUCUUCGAGGUUCCCCCGCCUUGCCAACUAGCAUGGCUUACUUUGGAAGCUCCCAAGAUGAAGAAGAUGUUGAGGAUGAUGAUGCGGAACUUGAGGACACCAAAAUAGCCACCACUAACACUUCAUCCUCAUGCCACUCAACACCUCGCAAAGGAAAAUCACAAAAGCAUGUCACCAAUGGACAUGUUUUAAACGGGUCUUGCAAAUUAUUGAGGGAAAAAGAAACUUCUCACAAACACAGAAGCAAAGAGGCCACCCCAGGGAAAGAGAGGAACAGUGACCAUAAAGCCGAGAGCCGGAGAGAGUCUGCCGCUGCUAACCACCAACCUGCUUCUAACACGGGCUCAUAUGCCAAAGGGCUCGCUGCUAACAACCACCACAGUCAUCUUAGAUCGGCUCAGGACUUAAGGAAACAGGUUUCCAAGGUGAAUGGAAUUACUCGAUUAUCAUCAUCGAGUUCUAAUGCAGUCGGUGCCAAAAAGACGAGAGAAGUGAGACCUUCACCGUCCAAAACUGUGAAGUAUACUGCAACGGUGACCAAGGGAACUGUCACAUACACCAAAGCCAAGAAAGAACUGGACAAGGCAACCAAACUGAAUCACAGCAAAACCAGUUCAUCUGUUCACCACACAAUCUCAGGGACCACAGAAAGCAGCAAUGCAAAAACUCGUAAACAGGUGCUAUCUCUUUCCACAUCCAAGCCCAACUGUGCCACUGGUAUUAACUGUGUUAAGAUGAAUGGCAAGUUGAACAAAAAGGCAUGCACUAGGGAGGAGGGAAGGCAGUUAAGGGAAGGACUGCGCAAUUCAAAAAGACGUCUGGAGGAAGCAAACCACCCCAGUAAGGCCCAGCCUUUGGUAAAGAAAAUUAAAGUAUCCGCCAGCUUACCUGAAGUCAGAAGCAAGAGGCAUGUGGCGGAGAAACCGGUGCUUAAUGGACAUGUAAAGAAAGAAGUGCCAGAGAAGAUGCUGGAGAGAAACAGGCCAAAGCGGGCCUCAACAGCCAAGAUCACAUCAGUUACACAAACCCGCAGUAAGACAGAAGAUGCUGGCUGUGAAAAUCGCUCUACCUCACAGACAGAUUCCUCGCACAAAACUCUGGACUCUAAGCCAGAAAGAAAUGCUGAGAAGGCCAGGUGUGUAGCCAUGUGUGAGAUCCCUGUCCUCCGACCCUCUGCCAAGGAGUUCCACGAUCCCCUGAUCUACAUUGAGUCCAUCCGAGCCCGAGUAGAGAAGUAUGGGAUGUGUACAGUGAUCCCUCCGCCAGACUGGAGACCCGAAUGCAAGCUGAACGAUGAAAUGCGCUUUGUAACACAGAGUCAACACAUCCACAAGCUUGGUAGGCGCUGGGGUCCUAACGUGCAGCGGCUGGCCUGCAUCAAGAAGCACCUCAAAUCUCAGGGCAUCACCAUGGACGAGCUUCCACUCAUAGGUAGGAGUAUAAAAAUAAUAAAGGUGCAUGUUAGAUCCUUUCUUCUCAAUAUCUCUAUUUCAACAGGACCAGUGCAGUUGAAUACACAAUCAUACACUUCAUGUCAUGUUUAUUUCAGUUUCCUUAACACUGAAUAA